AAUAUCGACUAGAUUGGCAAGUUAGCUUGAUAAACGAAUCGCACAAAGUCAGGGACGGGUGUGAGGCCAGACACUGGCAAAAGUAUGGUGGCUGUUUGUCUUAACAUUAUAUGUGAAGGCAGUUAGCUGGCGCGAUAUAGACCGAAAGGAAGCGGGCAAAGUCAAACGUAGGUUAUCGGGGGAUAGCUAACGUUAGCUAACUUUGGCUGAAAACCCAACGUAGCUACACAACAGGUCGUCCGUAAGCACAGUGAUAUCUACAACGAUCUAGAUGGCUUACAGACUCAUAGUCCGCAGGAUCUGGAACGCGCCCGUGAAGGAUAUCCGCUGCCCCCAUCUCUGCGCGUCCUCGGCCUCCCUGUUCUCCCGCGCGCCGUCGCCCGCCGUGUCCGUCACCUCCCGGCGAAACGUGUCCUUCAGCGUGCAGGACCAGGAGGAUUUCACGGAGCGCGUCAUCAACAGCAGCCUCCCCGUGCUGGUCGACUUCCACGCGCACUGGUGUGGCCCCUGUAAGAUCCUCGGCCCCCGAUUGGAAAAGGCAGUUGCUAAGCAACAGGGUCGUGUCGCCAUGGCAAAGGUCGACAUCGACGAGCACACAGACCUGGCCAUUGAGUACGGGGUAUCGGCCGUCCCCACGGUGAUUGCAAUGCGGGGCGGUGAUGUCAUCGACCAGUUCGUUGGGAUCAAAGAUGAAGAACAGCUUGACUCAUUUGUGGGGAAGCUCAUUGAACAAUGAACGUGUAGCUGACCCCCGCCCCCCC